AUGACUUCUUCCAACCCCGACCAGCGCCUGGAGCAUCUGCUAAGCGCCGUGGAGAGCGAGUUUCAGAAGGGCAGCGAGAAGGGAGACGCGUCCGAGCGGGACAUCAAGCUCAGCCUGGAGGACAGCGACCUGUGGUCAAAGUUUAAAGAGUUAACCAACGAGAUGAUAGUCACCAAAACGGGAAGGAGAAUGUUUCCCGUGUUGAGGGCCAGUGUCACGGGCUUGGACCCUAACGCCAUGUAUUCCGUGCUGCUGGACUUCGUGGCCGCGGACAACAACCGCUGGAAGUACGUGAACGGAGAGUGGGUUCCUGGCGGGAAACCAGAGCCCCAGAGCCCCAGCUGCGUGUACAUUCACCCGGACUCACCUAACUUUGGAGCGCACUGGAUGAAAGCUCCCGUGUCGUUCAGCAAAGUCAAGCUGUCUAACAAACUCAACGGCGGUGGACAGAUCAUGCUGAAUUCUCUGCACAAGUAUGAGCCAAGAAUUCACAUUGUGAAAGUUGGAGGCAUUCAGAAGAUGAUUAGCAGCCAGUCCUUUCCAGAGACACAAUUUAUUGCUGUCACAGCGUAUCAAAAUGAAGAGAUCACUGCUCUUAAGAUCAAGCACAACCCUUUUGCCAAAGCUUUCUUGGAUGCCAAGGAAAGGAGUGAUCACAAAGAGGUUCCAGAUCACAGCGCUGACAACCAGCAGUCUGGUUACUCUCAACUUGGUGGAUGGUUCCUGCCUGGCCAGACUCCGAUCUGCCCCAGUAGCAGCCCACCUCAGUUCAGCAGCUCAGCAGGACACUCCUCUGGCUCUUAUUGUGAACGAUACUCCACUCUGAGGAACCACAGAGCCGCUCCAUACCCCAGCCACUACUCCCACCGUACAUCCAGCACAAACAAUUACAUGGACAACACCUCAGGAAGCUUGCCUACUCAUGACAGCUGGUCUGCUCUUCAAAUCCCCAAUUCGUCAGGCAUGGGCACUCUGUCCCACACCACCAACUCUACAACUAACUCAAGUCAGUAUCCCAGUCUGUGGUCAGUGGCCGGCACCACCCUCACCUCCUCUGGUUCUGCAUCAGGCUCUAUACCAGGUGGUCUGACCUCCCAGUUCCUAAGGGGCUCCUCAUACACCAGCCUGAGCUCAUCGCUGCCAGUCUCCUCGCCUUCAUCCAUGUAUGACCCCAGCCUGGGUGAAGUGGGCGUGGGCGAAGCCCAGUUUGAAAGCUCCAUUGCCCGACUGGCUGCUACCUGGGCGCCUGUGGCUCAGAGCUACUAA